GUUGGCCUAGCACAUGCUUCAGCAGGCGCGGCCUGACAGCAGCAAUGACGAUGACAAGGAAGAGAGUGGAGACUUGACUCAGAGAGAGAGACACCACAAGUGUCAUAAGCCGCAGGCUUUGCUGGGCUCUCAUCCCUGGCCACAGCCAGGCUAGCGGCUGAAUAUGUGAGGGAAAUGGAGACAAGGACUGGCAGCCAUCCCGGGCUCUGGAAGCAGUGGGGUGCACACAGGCAGGCAGCAAAGCAAGCUGCAGCUGAGAUACUAAUAGAGAACUAGAAGAGAAGAGAAAACAACACAUUGGCCUCACAGCUUGUCCUGGCAGAAAGAAGUCAUACAAUCACUCCAUCUGUUUGUACUGCAAGACUCCACCCCCCACACUCUCUACAGGAUCCCCACUGGAAAAAAAUUCUCAGCAAUACUACAUAAAAGAUUACUAGGUACUUUUUUUAUUUUAAUCAACAAAGAAAAUGUCUGAGUUCAGCCAAAACUCUGACCAGGAAGAAAUCUAUUCUGAGGAGAUUGAUGAAGAUGAAAUCUUAGCAAACUUGUCUCCUGAGGAACUGAGGGAACUACAGUGUGAAAUGGAGGUCAUGGCUCCGGACCCCGAAGUGCCGGUUGGAAUGAUACAAAGAGAUCAGACUGAAAAAACCCCAACAGGAAACUUUGAUCACAGGUCCCUUGUUGACUACCUGUACUGGCAAAAGGCAUCUAGACGCGUGCAUGAGGAUGAAAGGGUCCCAGUCACUCUCCUACCAUCGGAGAGACUCACUGCAAAGAGGUCUGAAGAAAAUGUUGCAAAUAUUAGCAGUGAAAAUGAAAUAGCCAAAGAAACUGCAGGGAGAACAAAUGGAGAUGUGAGAGACUAUAAGGAGAAUGAAGAAGAAGAGGAGGAAGAGGAAGAGGAAGAGGAGGAGGAGGAAGACGACGAAGGUGAAGAAGAGGAAGAGGAGGAGGAGGAUAGUGGUGAGGAAGAAGAAGAAAACACUGGGAAAGUUAUUGAAGAUCUAGGAACAAAGAAACCAUGUGAUGAUGAAGAUAGAAGCAAACAUGAAACUAAGGAGUCAUACACAGAAUCAGAGAAAGAUCCUGAAAAACAAGAAAAUAAUGAAAAGAAAGUAUCAAAAUUGAAUAUUCCAAACAAAUUAGCUGUAGACACCAGUUUUAUUAAGCUAAGUGCAAGGCCUUCGGGAAAUCAAACCAAUUUAGAGGAGAGUCUGAGGAAAGUCCGGAAGAAUGACCCAAACAUGACAGAACUCAAUCUGAAUAACAUUGAGAACAUCCCCAAGGAGAUGCUGGUGGACUUUGUCAAUGCCAUGAAAAAGAACAAGCACGUCAAAACAUUCAGUUUAGCCAAUGUGGGAGCAGAUGAUAAUGUUGCUUUUGCCUUGGCCAACAUGCUACGUGAAAACAGGAGCAUCACUACUUUGAAUAUUGAUUCAAAUUUCAUUUCAGGAAAAGGAAUUGUUGCUAUAAUGCGAUGCCUGCAGUACAACGAGAAGCUGACAGAACUACGUUUUCACAACCAGAGAAGUAUGUUAGGCCAUCAAGCAGAAAUGGAGAUUGCCAGGCUGCUGAAAGCCAACCCUACACUGCUUAAGAUUGGCUAUCACUUUGAACUCCCAGGUCCCAGAAUGGUGGUUACCAAUCUGCUCAGCAGAAACCUUGAUAAACAGAGACAAAAAAGAAUAGAGGAGCAAAAGCAACAACAGUUAAAACAGCAGAAAGAACUAAUAGCCAUGUUAGAAAAUGGACUUGGAUUACCCCCUGGGAUGUGGGAACUGUUAGGGGGACCACUGCCUGCUACAAUCAUGCCUCCUCCGAUGCAAACUCCAACGCCACAAGUCCCCAAAGCUCCAUCUGUUGGCAGAAGGAAUGAACCUGCAAGAAAACCAGCCCCUGAAAAUGAAAGCUGCAAUGAUGACCCCCCCUCCUUCAAAAUAGUGAAACUCAAGAGAACCCAGCGCAAACCCACUAUAAAAGAAUAUGUGGAGCCAGCUGAAAAAACCAAUCUCAAAGAUGUGAUCAAGACCCUCAAGCCUAUUCCAAGAAGGCGGCCACCUCCCCUGGUGGAAACAACUCCUAGAGAUAAGCUUCUCAGUGAUAUUCGUCAGAGCAACGUAGCUUAUCUCAAACCGGUGCCACUUCCCAAAGAGCUGGUGUAAUACCCCCAUACAGGUGAAGGAAACAACUUGAAAAUACACAGACUAUCCAAGUGUUGCUUCAGACCAUUUCAGGGGCUGUUUCCUUCAGGUGGAAGACACGAAGAUGCGGGAACAACGCUUGAAGCAUGCUGCCUGUUGAAGUGAUGAUUGAAAGGGGUAGAAUGGAAACUAUAAAUGGCGACAACUUCCAUCCACUCAUGUAAUGGGCUGGUGCCACCAUACAGUCUGUCAGCUCGCUGGGGUUUAAUCUGUGGGUGGGAGAGGGUGGAAAGGGGUGCUUCACCCCCAUUAAUAAUUAUGUUACCACUUUUAUAGAUGCCUUCAGUAAAUCUUAUUGCAACCAUA